AUGUCAAUAUCAUUUCUUUUUCGUCGUGUGGCAAUGUUGCAACAACCACACAUUCAUGCAUUUUCUACUUCAGUUGUACUUUUUAAAGGUAAAAAUACUGGUGGUGGUAAAUUGAAAACGUCAAAACAUAUUUUAUCCGAUGCUGAUUUAUCUGCUUCAUCGAGUGAUUGGUUAUCAUUAAAAGCACAAUAUGAUAAAUUACUGAUUGAACUUCAUGAACUUUAUUCAAAACAAAUUCAAUUACGAACAUCAUCAUUAGCAUUCGAAGAACUAUCCGUUAUACUUCCACCUAAUAAUAAGGCACAUCAAUUGAAAGAAUUAACGCAAAUAAUUCAAAAAUCACCGCAAAUGUUUAUGAUCGAUAUGACACGACAUGCUCAAUAUAUACCAAAUGUUCUCGAAGCAAUUCAUAAAUCAGGUCUCAAUGUUAAUCCGCAACAAGAUGGAACAACUCUUUAUCUACCAACACCGAAAGUAACACGUGAACAUCGUGAAGAAUUAGCUAAGAAUGCUAAGAAAUUAGCUGAUCAAAUUGUUGUUAAAAUGCGAGAAGCCUAUUCAAAAGCACAUCGAAAUUUAAAAAAACAAGAAAAAAGUUUAAGUCACGAUUUAAUUGUUGAUUUAGAUGCUAAUUUAAAACAUCGUCUUGAUGGUUACAUUGCACAAGUAGAAAAAAUUCGUUCAGAAAAACAAAAAGACUUGUUAGAUUCAACUUUUCAUAAAUAA